CGCGGAGGCCGCCUGAUCGCGGGCCCCGACGCCGGGGCUCGGAGCGGCGGCUCCAGGGUCGGCCGGCGCGUGCACCCGGAGCCGCGCGCCCCAGUCCCCAGUGGGUUUCGGGACUGGCCGCGCCCCGGGCGCUCGGGACCCCGAGGAGCCCUGCCGAGCCCGACGGGCCCGCCGCGGAGAUGCCGGACGAGCUGACGGAGCCCGGGCGCGCCACGCCGGCCCGCGCCUCCUCCUUUCUCAUCGAGAACCUGCUGGCGGCAGAGGCCAAGGGCACGGGGCGCGCGGCCCAGGGCGGCGGCGGCCGCGAGGGCGAGGAGGACGAGGACGAAGACCCGGAGGACGAGGACGCGGAGCGGGCGCGGCGGCGGCGACUCCAGCGGCGGCGGCAGCUGCGCGCGGGCUCCGGGCCCGGCGGGGAGGCGCGGGCGCGGGCUCUGCUGGGGCCUGGCGCGCUGGGCCUCGGUCCCCGGCCGCCCCCCGGUCCCGGGCCGCCCUACGCUCUGGGCUGCGGCGGCACGACGCGCUGGUACCCGCGGGCGCACGGCGGCUACGGAGGCGGCCUGAGUCCGGACAGUGAGUGA